CACCAUGCCCUUUGUCGGUGUGUCGAAUUUUGGCGCUUGAAAGACGGAGCGUGUGCAGCUCUGGGUCUGAGCGGCAGCCAUGGAGCCCGUGGAGACGCGACGAGGCCGCUGGAGGAGCAAGCGCGCGGCGGAGGAUUCACAGCCGGUACCAGGGCGCUCCGUGUGCGUCGUCGGGGGCGGGCCCAGCGGCCUGGCCUGCUGCAAGCGCCUCUGCGAUGCUGGCCUACGGGUGACCUUGGUCCAGGAGAGCAGAGGGCUCGGGGGCAAGCUAUGCACGAAGUUCGUGAACGGCAAGGAGGAUCCCACGCUCCAUUUCGACAUGGGCGUUCAGCUGCUGCGGCCCGCCGGCCCUUUGGCGGACCAGCUGAAGGAGAUUGUGGAGCCAUGGCCCAAAGCAGGCCGCUACAAGCGCAUUUCCUGCGCCGGGGACUGGAGCCGGUGGUAUGUGAGCAGUACUCAGGACUUGCCCGUAGACAACCUGGUGGUCGGCGUGCCCUCCAUGUCGGCCAUCGGCCGACACCUGGCGGACCAGUGUCCGAACCUGCAGGUCCACAUCGACCGCACGGCGCAUGUGGAGGGGCGGAAGUACGCUACAGGGCAGUGGGUUGUCAACUGGAGCAGACAGGAGGCGAAUUUGGGACAGCUGCGGUACCGUCCCGAGCUGGCGGAGAAGGUGGAGGAGGUGGAGCGUGGGGAGUUUGAUGCAGUGGUCUUGGCCUUCGAGGCGAACAAGAUCUUGAGGGGCUGCAAAUCUGGAUACAAGAUGGUCCAGCCCUCCAUCACCCCGAGCUUGCGACAAAGGCUAGACAAGCGGACCAAGACUUCGCAGUGUUGGAAUCUGAUGGUGGCCUUUGACCAGGAGCUCCCGAUGCCUUGGGAUGCUGCCAUGGUCGAUGGCCAUGGAGCUUUGGCCUGGGUGGCGGUGGAUAGCUCAAAGCCCAGCCGCGCAAAGGUGCCGCAGUGCUUCAUGGUUUUCUCCACCAACGAGUGGGCAGCUUGGAAGCAGUGGUCCAAGAAAGAGGUGGAGCGAGUACUGCUCAAUGACUUUCUGGCCUUUCUGAAAGAGGUUCUGGGAUCCUGGCCUCCCGCACCCUGCUUCGUGCUCAGCGGACGCUGGGGGAACAACACCGAGGCGGUCAUCACCGGCGUGCCGCCAUCAGGGGACUUCCCGGCCCGCGCGCUGGGCCACUUCGAGGGCCCUGGGGCGCCCAUUUGGGACCGAGAGGAACGCAUGGGAGCAACAGGUGACUGGGCGCGUGGCUUUUCCGUGAAUGAUGCCUAUAGUGCUGGGCUGGAGAUGGCAGAUGCGAUGCUGGAUGACCUCCAAGGGAAGCUGGCUGGCGGUUGAUGUUGCUUGCGCUUGGCAUAGAAGCGAUUCGGUACUUUCACCUGUUCGCGAGAAAGCAGCCAAAUUUUCGACACUCACCGUGUGUCCAGGGGUGUUGUACAGUUCAUUGGAGCCUCCGAUACAGGCGUGUUAUUUCUGCAGCAGCCUAAGCACAAAUUGUGUGGGCUGCAGCAACAAUCGCGUUGUUUGUGCGUCAUCGAAGAUGCAAAAUGAUAGCUCUUUGCGGUGCCUCGGCAUCGCUGCCUUUGCUUGUCGCAGUGCGGUGACUUGCGUCUUUUGGCAAAA